GUCCUUGGGACAAUCGAUUACACGUACGAAGAUGACGUUGUAUUAAGAAUAUGCAAUUCAGUAGAAAAGCAAAAAUGCGUCGUACAAAUUGGUACUAGCGAUGCACAGCGCGCUGUGAAUGUCCUGGAAAAACUUGGAAGUGAUGUGGCAGCGCUUGACAUAAAUAUGGGAUGCCCGAAACAGUUCUCCUUAGCUGGUGGCAUGGGCGCUGCACUGUUAUCAAAACCGGAGAAAGCCAAAGAGCGAGAAGAUACACUUGAAUUUGUGAAAAUGCUUGAAAGAUGUGGGAUUUCGGCGAUCGGAAUACAUGGGCGGCGAAGAGAUGAACGACAGGGUGAUGCAAAUCGUGUGGAUGAAAUCCGUGAAAUUGCUCGGGCAGUUUCUCUUCCUAUUAUUGCGAAGAAGAACAUAUUCAAAUCUGACUCUGAAUUUUCAGUGGAUCGUCGAGUACGGUUAAAGAAUAUGCUGAUAUUGCGAAGUUUCGGGAACAGAGUGGCGCCAGCAGUGUGA